GGGUCAUGAGGGGUCACGGCCAUCGGGUUGGGCGAGCUGCGAGGAAGAGGAGGCAGAAAAGUGAGAGCAUCGUCCAGUCAGUCUCUCUGUGUCACCAGCCUCAGUAUGUGAAGCUGAUGAAGUUUCUUCACCAGAGAGGAUUCACCUCGACGCUGUUGCAGCCGGCUCUCUUCUCUGACACAGGAAGAGGACUGCAGGCUCUCAGGAAUGUAAAGACCGGCCACAUGUUGAUUUCUCUGCCAGAGUCUUGUCUCCUCACUACCUCAACAGUCCUGGACAGCUACCUGGGACAGUAUAUCAAGAGCUGGAAGUCCCGCCUCUCCCCCCUGCUGGCGCUCUGUGUCUUCCUGGUGUGUGAGCGGCACAGAGGAGAGGCCUCCGAUUGGCUCCCCUACAUAGACACGCUGCCCACCUCUUACACCUGCCCGGCUUAUUUUGCCGACGAUGUCAUGGCCGUUCUUCCAACCGGUGUGAGGAGGCAGGCGGUGGAGCAGAGGGAGGCUGUGAGAGACAUGCACUCCUCCAAUCAGGAGUUUUUCAGAUCCCUGCAGCCAAUCCUGAGCCUGCCCGUUGCCGAGGUGUUGACAUACGAGGCCUUAAGAUGGGCUUGGUGUAGCAUCAACACACGCUCCGUCUUCAUGUCCCACCCGCCCAACGACUUCUUGUCUGGACAGAAUAAUUACGCUUUAGCUCCCUUCCUGGACCUUCUCAACCACCGACCGGACGUGCAGGUAAAAGCAAACUUCAAUGACGCGACCAGAUGUUACGAAAUCAAGAGCAUUUCCGGGACUCUGCGCUACCAGCAGGCCUUCAUUAACUACGGUUCCCAUGACAACCAGCGGCUGUUGUUAGAGUACGGGUUUGUCGCCUCCAGCAACCCACACAGCGUGGUCUACGUGGACACAGGUCUCCUUUGUGAGGUUUUAAGAGGAGACAGAAGUUUGGAUCAGAAGAUAAAGUUCCUAAGAGACAACAACUUCCUUCAUAACCUAACUUUGUCCGCUGAAGGCCCGAGCUGGAGGCUGAUGACAGCUCUUAGACUGCUGUCCCUGCCACAAACACUGUAUCAGCAGUGGAAGGCGGUGUUGCUCGGCCAGGCGCUGUGUGAAGAGAGGGAGCGGUGGAGCAUUCAGACAGCUCAGACUCUGUGUCAGCGACUGUUACAAGACACACACAGAGCUCUGGACAAGAUUUCCCAUCUUCUCCAGCGGUGCGACCAGUCAGUCAGGGAGCAGCUGGAGGUGGUGAGGUCAUUGCGACAGGAGGAGAAAUGCAUCCUGGGAAGCUGUCUGGAGACACUGCAAGGCUCGCAGAGACAGUCAGAUGACACGUUGCCAUGCCAACCGGACAUCGACGCUGUGAGCCGACACGUGAUUGGUGCUCAGGUCUGUCCUUCCCUGUAAUAAGCCACGUUUUUGGCUGUCCUGCUCGCCAUCCAGUCUUUUUUUGGGAGGAAAGAGGGGACGAUGUAGACAGGAAACAGAGAGGGGACAUGACUAUGACGUUACCUGGACUGAAUUCUCACAUCAUCUGGUAACUCUGCCUUCUCGUCAAGCUUUCAAGCAUCACGAAAAACAUGUUUCAUGUUGUUUUAAAUCAAGUUUUAUACUUCUGAUUUUUAAUGUGUUUUUAUGUAAUUUUAUGAUAUUUA